GGAACUGUUCAGGAGCACUUUAUCUCUCUGGCUGCUGUUGGAACACCCCGCCCCGCCGAGCGCUGUCAGGACAUUUCUCUGGGCCGUCCUAGACAAUGAAAAGUUUCCUGGGAAACUUCUGAUAAAGGAGGCAGUAGCAGCUGAAGCGCACGAUUCCUGUCUUGAACCUGCCCACCACAGAGUCGGUCUUUCACGACGGCAGGCUGACAAAGCCUCCACACUUAGAGAGAGACAAAAAAGCAGGAGGGAAACUCAACUGAUAAGUGCCAUGGAGGGUGAAGACAUUUAUGACUAUUACCAGAACAGUUAUUAUAAUGGGACUGACAGCGACUACAGAAAUUACAGCAUCAACUAUGACGAUUAUUAUCAUAUAUGUCAGAAGGAUAACGUUAGACGGUUUGCCAAGUAUUUCCUGCCAGUGUUCUAUGCGGUCACUCUGAUCAUCGGGCUUGCUGGAAAUUCACUGGUGGUGGCCGUUUACACCUACUACAAAAAGCUCAAGUCGAAAACUGACCUGUACAUCUUGAAUCUGGCCAUUGCUGACUUGCUGCUUCUCAUAACUCUCCCCUUCUGGACAGUCUAUGCAAUCCAUGGGUGGAUAUUAGGGGUGGCCAUGUGUAAAAUCUCCUCAGCUCUCUUCGUCAUGAACUUCAGCGCUGGCAUGCUCUUCCUCGCCUGCAUCAGCGUUGACCGAUACCUAGCCGUCUCCAAGGUGACGAGCUCUCCGGCCGUCAGCAGCAAGGGCAAGGUGGUCUGCGUUUGCGUCUGGGCGGCGGCCAUCUUGCUGAGCGUCCCCGAUUUCGUCUUCACUUCGGUGCACGGGACUGAAGGCAGGGAGCUGUGCAUCUCCGUCUUCCCCUUGCACAUGGCCCGCUCGGCCAAGGCCACCAUCCAGAUCUUCGAGAUCCUCAUAGGUUUCGCCAUCCCAUCGCUGGUCAUGCUGUACUGUUACUCGGCGGUGGCAAAGGCCGUGUGCAGAGCUCCGAGCGGGAAGAAACGCGGACCCCUGCGAGUCCUCCUCGCUGUCGUGGGGGUCUUCUUCCUGACCCAGCUGCCGUACAACACCGUCAGGUUCUGCCGUCUGCUCGACCUGUUGCACACGCUCAUCAGUGAAUGCGACAGCAGCAAGAGGAUGGACAUCGCCGUCCAGGUGACAGAGACCAUCGCUCUCUUCCACAGCUGCCUCAACCCCAUCGUGUACGCCUUCAUGGGGGCGUCGUUCAAGGGCUACAUCCUGAGGGCGGUUAAAGAGUACGGUUACCACCGUAGACAUCGGAACACGUCCAUCGGUCUUGAGUGCUCCUUCAACUCCCUGUCUCAAUCUGAGCACACCAGCAGCUUCACCAUCUAGCAAGAUGACUGCACCAAGACUACACAAUCAGAGCUUCUACUGCGUUACCUGGGUAACCUUAUUGACCAAUAGAAACCCACCCCUUCACUCUCCCAACACCCUUCACUUGCUCAUUUUCACCACAGCCUUUGGAAGGCCAUUGGCAACAUUUUAGGAACAUAGGAUCACAGGAGGAAGAGUAGGCUAUUCAGCCCUUCCAACCUCUUCCACCAUUCAUUUGGAUCAUGACCGAUCUGUGACCUAACUCCUUAUACCUGCCUUUGGCCCAUAUUCUUAACAUCUUUGCUUGACCAGAUUCAUCUGUCUCAGAUUUCACAUAAACAAUUGAUCCAGUAUCUUGCUUCUUCCCUUGUUUUCACAGAAAUCUCAGAACCCCCACAGUGUGGAAGCAAGCCAUUCGGCUAAUCAAGUCCACACUGCAUCCCAGCCAGACCCUACCCUAUCUCUGUAACCCUGCAUUUCCACCUAACCUGCAUACCUUUGGACUGUGGGAAGAAACUGGAGCACCCAGAGGGAAUGCACACAGAACAGGGGAGAAAUAGCAAACUGCACACAGAGAGUCGCCUGAGGCUGGAACCGAACCGGGUCCCCGGCACUGUGAUGCAGCAUGGCUAACCACUGAGCCACCCCAAAGCUUGUUAUUAUUUCCCAGCCACCUCCCCCCUCCUCAUCCCCAUUCAAUUUUCUUUCUCUUCUGUUUCUACCCUCACUUUCUCCUUUAGCUGUUGCCAGGGCAACGCUCUCAGGUCUCCCUUUCCAGUCCCUGGAUUAAUCAUUGUCUCUCGACC